AUGGCAGACGUAAAGAGUGACAUUGAAAUGGUCACUACCACGGCAGACAUCGAGCAUUCGCCCCCCGAGCUCGUUGGAGCCCAGGAGGCUGAUGAGAAGCGUUUGCACCAUAACGGCGGCACUCUGGAACGAUACAUUAGCUUUAUCUCAGCCAUCAACUUUGGCUUCAUCCUGCAAUGUUCCUGGGAAGCGACCGCACUCACCUUCCAAUUCGCCCUCUCCAAUGGGGGACCUGCUGCCAUAGUAUACGGCAGUGUGUUUGCCGCUGUCGGCACUACCACUGUAGUCCUUUCGCUUGCUGAAAUAGCCUCGAUCGACCCCGCUGUCGGCGCCCAGUAUAGGUGGAGUGCCAAAUAUGCCCCCAAGUGGAACGAGUUCUUCGGCCUGAUGCAAGGCUGGAUCACUGUGUUCGCGUGGAUUUGUACUUGCACCUCGAGUCCUGCCAUUCUCUCCAACGUCGUUGCAGGAUUGGCCGUCUUCAACUUUCCGGACUAUGUGCCCGAAAGAUGGCAUCUUACCCUUGUGAUGUGGGCCUUUACUAUCCUCCCAUUUAUCGCAAACUUCUGGUUCAGGCGCCUCCUUAGUCCACUUGAGGCUAUUGGUGCAGUCCUGCAUGUGCUCUUCUUCUUUAUUACAAUCAUCACCCUCGCAGUACUCGCAAAGCGGAGCACUGCUGACUAUGUGUUCAAUACUUUGACCCAUGAUGUUAGCGGAUGGACAGAUCCGGUGGUAGCUUGGGGGAUAGGACUGCUGACGGUAACGUUUCCAAUCUCAGGCUUUGACGGCGUGCUUCAUAUGAGCGACGAAGUCAAGCAGGCUAAGAUUCGCGUUCCCCGUAGCAUGGUUGCUGCCGUCGUCAUGAACUCAACAAUGUCGUGUGCAUUUGUAAUUUGCCUACUUUUUACCAUUGGCGAUGUUGAAAAAGUUGCCGGCUCGCCUACAGGUCUUCCUGUCAUCGAAGUCUUCUACGAGGCAACCGGCUCAAAAGGCGCUACCAACCUGUUCAUUAUUGUCUUCGCAAUUGUUUUAUUAAUAGCCUUCUUCAACGUAUUUGCAUCGGUAUCGCGUCUUGUUUGGGCAUUUUCGAGAGACAAUGGGCUUCCAUUCUCGAGCUUCUUUGGAAAGCUAUCGCAGGUCAACACUCGCCUAAAGAUGCCACUCAACGCGCUCAGCCUUGUGGGAAUCUGCACCCUCCUACUUGCCCUCAUCAAUAUUGGCUCCGCUACAGCCUUUAAUGCAUUUAUCUCAAUCGUCGCACUCGGGCUCUAUGUAUCGUAUAUCUUGCCAAUCCUCUUCUUCUUUCUAAGACGCCUCUCGAAGAAUAAACCUAUCUACGGACCGUUCCGACUAGGGGCAUGGGGCAUUCCGCUGAAUCUGUUCGCACUAUGCUACAUUAUUUUCAUUGUAAUCUGGACGCCAUUCCCGACAGCGCUACCGGUUACACGAGAUACGAUGAAUUAUGCGGGGCCAAUCAUGGGAGCAAUUAUUAUUGGAGGUUUGAUUGACUGGGUCUGCAGUGGGCGGAAACGAUUCCAAGUACCUAUCCCGCGAGAAGCUGGACUUGUAGACCAUUAG